UGGUGAGAAAGAAAAAUAGGAAGAGAAAGUGAAAUCUACUCUUCCAACGUAUUUUGCUUCUUGUAAACAAACAUGAGUCACAAAUGUAAUUUAAUGCUUGUUAUUUUCAUUUUUCCUGUGAAUUUUACACUCGUUAACUUAACUUUUGAUGUUAGAUAAUUAACUAUUACCAUUUCCAUCAUCAGAAAAACCAGAAUCAUUGGGAUAAAUCUUUCUCAAAUAUAUUUGUUUCCUCUAUUUUCUAGCAAUGGGCAAGUUUUUUUGUCUUCCUUUGUUUGCUAUUAUUUUUGGUGCCAUUGGUUUCAUUGGAUUUUUCCUUUUCCCACCAAUUACCAGAAAGAUUCUUAAUCAGAAACUCGUGCUAAGCAAUGGAUCAGCUCUGUUUACUUUUUGGAAAGAUAUGCCUUUGCCUAUGUUUCAGAAAUUUUAUUUUUACAAUAUAACCAAUCCAUCUGAAGUGGAAAAAAAUGGUGUCAAACCUAAUCUAGUUGAACUUGGACCUUUUACUUAUCAUCUCAAAACUCACAAUACCCCAGUCAUCAACCCAAAUGGUACUAUAAGCUUUUACCGGAAUCGAACCUGGAUUUUUGAUAAAGAAGCUUCUGUUAUGGAUGAGAAUAUUACUAUCUAUACCAUCAAUGUUCCUCUUGUGAUAGCUUUAAGUUGGAUUGAAAAAGUGCCAUUUCCUAUGGUUAAAUUGAUCGAAAAAAUUUUAACUUCCCUUGAUCAUGGUUUCAUUAUCGAAAAAAGCAUCAAAGAAUUGACUUUUCUCGGUUAUCCUGAUAUGUUAAUGAAGUUAGGCUCCAUAGUUGCUCCUAAAGCUACAGCUGGCUAUAAUGGCAAAUUUGCUUAUUUUCACCAUAAAAACGAUUCUAGUGAUUAUUUGUAUACAAUUUAUUCCGGAGUUAAUGAUAUCAGCAAGAUUAACCUACUGACUCGUAUUAAUGGCCAGGAUAAGCUUGGUAUCUGGGCUGAUGAACCAGGAGAAAAUCAAGAUUGCAACCGGUUUAAUGAUAGUACCCUGGGAGAAAUAUUUCCUGCAAUGAGGAAUAGCCCGACUCAAACUAUCAAGUUAUUUACUUCAGACUUGUCUCGUACUCUCUCUUUCACCUAUCAAAAAAGUCACUUUGCUUUCAAAAGACUUGAAACAUGGAAAUACUUGUUUGCAAAUCACAAUUUUGCUAGUCCUUCAAUUUAUCCUUCAAAUAAGUGUUACAGCAGCUUGAUGGCUAGCUACUCUUUUGACGGAUCCAAUGGAACCUUGCCUUCUGGAGUUUUUGAUGCAUCCUUACCUAAUAAUGGAUUUCCAAUUUUAUUAUCUUUACCUCAUUUCCUUGGGGCAGAUCCUUAUUAUUUAACCAAGGUAAACGGGUUAUCACCAAAUGAUACUAAACAUUCUGCCUGGUUUGAAAUUGAACCAACUUCUGGUGCCACAGCAGCAACCGCUAUUCGUCUCCAAUUAAACAUCGGAAUAACUCGAUCACAUUUAUUCAAAAGAAGUCAUAAAAUGCCAAACAUAGUUUUCCCUACUUUUUGGAUGGAAAUCAGUUUUUCUUUAAGUCCUGAUUAUGUUGAUCUACUCAUAUUGAUAAACACGAUUUUAUCGCUCGUGCCUACAUUGAUUUUAGCAAUAGGUGUUGGCUUAGCUGGCUUAAUCCUAUUUAUUGCCUCUCUCCAAUUGAUUAUUCCUAGGACGAGAAUCGAAAUCAAUAGCUGUCUGAACAUAUUAACUUGUCAUCUUUAUAAAAUUACAAAGGAUGAUGAACAAACGAUACUUGAUCCCGAGGAAAUGAAUGAUGAUCACAAUGAAGUUAUGAUUCACACCAAUUAGUGCGAUCUGGUCGUUGUUUUUGUUUCUGGAAAAUAAUAGCGAAACUAUCUGUGAUAAAUAGUUUGAUCUUAGCUGGACUUAGCAAUUUGAAAUGCACAUAGUCCAGAAAUUAUGAAAAGUCACAUAAUUCAACAUUUUUAUUCAAAAUUAAUCUCAUUUUGUUCUAGUGACUUGAAAAUUGCGUCUAAUCACUUUACUAUAAUCAUUUUUAUCCUACACCAAAGUAUUCACCAACUAAUCUUUUAUUUCACCUUGUUCAUUGAAAACUUCACUAAAUUGUGUGCCUAAGCAUUUUCUAAUAAAUAUUUAUUCACUUUAU